GUAAUAGAUUGCGGUUCUGGUUUCCGCGGUGACGAUUGUGUUGCGCAAGGAAGAUAAUAACCAGUAGGUGCGUGAUUUGUUGGUGAUUUUCGUUUCGCUCUCGGUACGGCACUAUCUCUUCGAUUGUUUAGUGUAUGGUGUGAAAUUUCUAGGUGCUUAGCCAAGUCGGGAAGUUUGCCUUAGUAAUCGAAAAAGUGAGUUGCUAAGGGAUACACAUUUAAUUUGACGGAUAGAAGCUAGUCCGUGACGUGUGGUAUCAGAGCAACGAUCUUGGCAAGCCUUGAGAAUGUCGGGAGAUAUCCACAAGAGCGUGCACAAUGGGAAAAAAAAAUGUGAGAAUGAUAAAUUCAAGGACAAGUGGGGAUCAAAGGGAGAGUUUCGUGAUCCACUCAAUAGCUUGGACGGUCGGGUGGCCAAGCUCGAGAUUGCGGUCGGGGAGUCCAUAGAGAAAUUGGACACCCUCGAGGAGGACAUGGGCGAGGUCGAGAACAACAUGUUGACGGCACUUAACGAGUUGAAGGCUAUAUUUUUUGGAGAGAGAGCCAAGUUAAGGGAUGAAAUGGCAUUGCGAUUGGACCGUGUCGAGAAGGAUUGUGCAUUAUGCAAGGAGGCCGUGACGGGUGGUGCCAUGGUACGGGAGACGUUGUGCAAUCUGGCACCAGAACUUCCAAAAUAUUCGGGUAAGCAUGUCGCCAAGGAAAUCGAUAAUUUCUUUUGGUCGCUCGAAACCUAUUUGGAUCUUGUAGGAGUAUUAAACGAUGAUGACAAAGAUCAAGAUGGCAGUCUUGUAUUUGUCGGACUAUGCCGCAUUAUGGUGGAGAAGGCGCCACAAUGACAUUGUACAGGGACGGCUCGGAUAGAUACGUGGGAUGCAUUUAAGGCGGAUUUGAAGCGAGAAUUCUACCCGGAGAAUGCCAAAGCGAUGGCCAUGAAGAAAUUGUAUGGCCUAACACAGUCAGGGAGCAUUAAAGAGUAUAUCACCGAGUUUACAUCACUUAUGCUCGAGCUUCCCGAUAUGCACGAAAAAGAUCAAUUGUUCUACUUUUUUGGACGGAUUGCAAUCAUGGGUGGCGCUCGAGGUGGAACGAAUGGAAGUCCAGAACUUGUCCGAAGCAAUUGCGGUUGUGGAGGACGUUGACGAGUUCCGAAAGGAUUUCACAUCCAAAAGAAAUAAAAAAAAUGGUCGAGAAGAAUGGCGGGGGAGAAAAACCCAACAAGACGGAGAACAAACAAACCGUUAAAUGUAAGGCGAAGUCGAACAAUGUCGGGCCUAAGAACGAGGGUUGCUUUUGGUGUGGUGGUCCACACUUUGUUCGGAAAUGCCCGCACAAGAAUGAGGUAGCUGAGGAGGAGCAAAUGGAUUCAACGCAAUUCCUCGAUCCCUUGAAAGCAAAUGAAGCGACGGAUGUUUCAUCGAGAAAGAAGAAGACCGAGGGUGGUCUUAUGUACGUCAAGGCAAAGGUGAACGGGGGAGUCAACAAUGCCAUGAUCGUCACGGGGACAACCAACAAUUUAUUAGCCGAGGACGAGGCGGCUCGGUUGGGCAUAAAGGUGACGAAGGAGGCCGGAUGGUUCAAGGCGGUGGACGCAGAACCAAAGCCGAUCGUCGGCGUGGCCAAGCGAGUACCAAUGCAACUUGCGGAUUGGCGCGGCGAGGUGAACUUAACUGUCAUCCUGAUGAACGACCAUAAGAUGGUGUUGGGAAUGGAAUUCUUCAAGGGAAUAGAGAUGGUAACAAUCCAAAAUGCCGGGACGAUGAUCAUCACUCAAGGCAAGGUAACCUUCGAAAUCCCUAUAUUACACGAUAAUACUAAAUCUUGUGUGCUCUCGGCAGUGAAAGUGUUUAAGGUGAUCGAGGAGGAUGGGUCGAGGGGUACCCGAGAUGCCUUUGGUGUCCCGACGUUGUGCAUGGGUAGGAACACAAAGGCUAUUUACGAACUCGGUCGUGUUCUGGUUUUUUCGGGUAUUGAUUUUUGAUUUUUAGAUAUCGAUUACUUGAAACAGAGUUCAAUACUUGCUUCUCCUUGAAUGUGUUGUAAUUUCACAAUGAGUUUUGGUUAAUAGUUGCUGGUUAUACUGUAUGCUCAUCUGAUUUUACACUGCCUAGCUAUUCAUUCUAUUCAAAUGAUCUUUCAUCUUUCUGGAAAUGUACUAGCUUUAGAUCAAACAUGAGUUUGUGUUCUUUCACUAAUAUUUGCA